AUUACGAAAUAAUAUAUUUGGAGGGAGCAUCAGGUGGUAUAAAAAGGUCGAAAACUUUGUUGAUCUUCACUCAACUCUUCACCAAACUCCAAACUAUCAACAUGAAAUUUGUCCUGUUGUCAGUGGCAUGCCUGGUAGGUGUAACCCUCGCUGCACCAUCAUCGAGUUUUAGAGUUAAAAGGACUAUCCUUCCUGGUGAUCCACGAUAUGGUACCGAGUAUCAUCUUAAAAAUCAAUUUGCUCAAGGAAAAAGUGGUGAACCAGCACAAACAUACGGACCACCAAACUACAAAUCUGGUACACCAAUAAGUACAGUUCAGCCACAACAACAUGCUCAGUAUUAUCAACAGGUACAAAAGCCAAGUAAUGCAUACUUGACUCCUUCAACCAAACAACAACAAGUUGUUAUUCCAUCAACAUCAUAUGGUUCACCAGUACAAAAAUCAAGCAGCCAAUAUUCAGCACCAGCUUCUUCUGAAGUUAGACAACAACAAAACAAUGUACCAUUGACAUCAUAUGGUACACCAGUUGAAAUUCGUGCAGCACCACUUGUAAAAGAACAACACCUUCAAUAUCAAGCACCAGCUCAACAACAAACACAAAGAUUCCAAGCUCCAGUACAACAACAGACACAAAAAUUCCAAGCUCCAGUACAACAACAAACAUAUCACUAUCAAGCCUCAGCACCAGCUCCAGCUCCAGCUCAAGUACAAGUACAACAAUAUCAAACUCCAGUAGCUCAUGUACAACAAUAUCAAGCUCCAGUUGUUCAAGAAGAACAACAAGAAGCUUAUGUUGCUCCAGUAGAACAUCAUGAAGCUCCAGUUGUUCAAGAAGAAAAUCAUUUUACUGUACAAACUUAUGAAGCACCAUCAGUCGUUGAAGUAGCUCAUCAAGAACAAAGUUUUAAUGCUCCAUCAUUCAAUACUCAAUCAUUCAGUGUACCAACAUUCAGUGCACCCGCAUUCAGAGCUCCAUCAUUCAGUGCUCCAUCAUUUAGUGCUCCAUCAUUCAGUGCACCCACAUUCAGUGCUCCAUCAUUCAGUGCACAAUCAUUCAGUGCUCCAUCAUUUGCACAUGUUCAAACUUAUCAAGCUCCAUCUGUACAAGCUGUACCAGCACCAGUUUAUGGUGCUCCAAUUCAAACUUACCAACACACAUUUAUUCAAAAAUCAUCACCAGUACAGUUUGAUGAUGUAGAACCAACAGCAACAGCAGCUCCAGCACCAGCUCCAACUCCAAGUGCUCCAGUUGUAGCUCCAACUCCAGCUCCAGCACAAGGUGGUUUUCCAAGUUUUCCAAGUGCUCCAAGCUUCCCAAACUUUGAACAAAUCACUCAAAGUAUCUCAAACAUCCAAUUUCCAGAUGUAUCAAGUCUUGGCUCAAAUUUCCCAUUCAUCUCACAAUUAUUCACACAACAACAACAACAGCAACAACAAGACCAACAACAACAACGUUUCGAGGUUGCAGCACCACAACAAGACACAGUUGUUGUUGAAAAUUUACAACGUCAAGCACCACAACAACCUCAACCAACUCAACAAGCAAUUGGAUCCAAUGGUGGAUACGUUUACUAAAAAAUUAAAAUAUUAACUGACUGUCACAUAAAAAAA